AUGUCGCGUAUUGAAGUUAGGAUUGUUCGCUUGUGGAGAAACUAUAACAAAGAAUCAGGAAACACCAUUGAAAUGGUGGUUGUUGAUAAAGAAGGGACAAGAAUUCAUGUUUCAGUUGGUGAACAACUCAUCAAAAAAUUUGAUGACAAGCUGGGCGAGGGAGAUGCGAUUGUCCUCCAGUGGUUCAAAGUGUACGAUGCAACUGGUGAAUACCGUACAACGCUACAUCCUUACAAAAUUGGCUUCUUUCCAACAACUUUGUUGGAAAAGCUGAUGAUUUUCCAAGUGCAGUUCUCGUAUUUCGCGGACUUCUCUGAUAUUCUUGGUGGAAAUCUGGAUCAUAGCUGUUUGGUUGAUGUGGUUCGCCAAAUAGUUAACUUCGGGUCUCUGGAAAACAAAAUAAUAAAAGGAAAAGACAACAUGAGGCUCUUGGUUGAGUUGCGUGACCCAAAUAAUGUGAAGAUGAUGUGUACUCUGUGGGGUUGUUAUGCUAAACAAGUAUACGAUUACAGUAGGAGUAAUAUGUCGACCAUGAUUAUUUGUGUUAUCAGAUUCUGUUCUGUUAAAGAGAGGAAAGGUGCUUACUCCAUAUCUAGCGGAUAUAAUUCAACCCAUAUUCUGCUCAACCCAACACUUGAUUUUAUUGAGGAGUUCAAAUCAAGUCUCCCUGAUGAUUCACUUGCUCUUACAAACAACGAUAGUAGCCAAUGGUCUGUUGGUACUGCUACUUCUAUUCGUGCCAGUUGCAAAUACCACAAUAAAAAAGUGAUGCCUACAACCAAUGUUGAUGCUGAUGGCCGGCCCUUGUUCUUCUGCAAUACGUGUGACAAAGAACACAGUGAUGUCAUUUCCAGGUUCAAAUUAAUUUUCCAUGUCAAGGACGAUAGCAGUGAGGCUAAUUUUCUUUUGUUUGAUGCUAAUGCUCAACAAAUUGUGCGUCAUUCUGCUGCUGAACUCUAUGACGAGAAUGAAGAUGAAGACUUCUUACCAGAAGCAGUUAGCGAUCUCUUUGGUAAGAGAGUCCUUUUUGAGAUUUCAGUUGACGCUGAUAACAUUAAAGGAAAGAGAUCUCAGUAUGUUGUUCGAUUGGCUACUGAUGACCGUCAAAUGGUUGAGGAAUUUGCUGAUUUACCUACUUAA